AUGCUCAAUACUUCGGGGGAAGGACAAGGCCGAACAGGAGCAUUCGAGCCGAGCCUGUUGGAGGUUGAGAGCGGGUUGCGUUAUUCGCUCGCAAGAGGGUCGGUCAUGCCUUGCAUUGAGAAGGGCCUGCACCCUGUCGAUCAAGUACGACUAUACGAUGUAAGAAAAUAUCUAUCCGGGCGCCUGCGCCGCAGAUGUUCUAAACACCUGAGCGAGAAAACCAAGGUCACUGGCGAGUCCUUUUGA